AUGCGGAGGAAACAGCCAUGAGAGAGUAGCUGGCAUGCGUGGACAAUUACCGUAAAUGGCUUUUCUGAAAGGGAAACGACACCAGCGGCUGCUGCUUCUGGCCCUUUUUCUUCCGAUCUCAGGUGUUUUAAGCUUCAGCGAGUUAUUUUUCGUCAAAGAGCCCCAUGACGUCACCGUCAUGCGGAAGGAGGCGGUUAUUUUGGACUGCCAGGCGCGCGGAGAGGCAUCGAUUGACGUCAGAUGGCUCAGGAACGGAGUGAAAGUCGUGGAAAAUGAACGGGUCUACCUGCUUUCCAACGGCUCCCUUUUUAUUUCUGAGGUGGAAAGCAGAAGAGGAGACAAAUCAGAUGAAGGCUGCUAUCAGUGCCUUGCUCAAAACAAGUACGGAACAAUCCUGAGCCAGAAAGCCCAUCUCACAAUCGCAAGUAUGCCAUCUUUUGCACUCCAGCCGUCGUCCGUAGUGGUGGCUGAGGGUUCGGUUGCCAGGUUUUCCUGUAAAAUCAGUUCCCAUCCUCCUCCCAUCAUCACUUGGGAGUUCAACCGGGUCACAUUACCCCUCUCCACUGACAGAAUCACAGUCCUGCCCAGCGGCGUUCUUCAGAUCCAAGGCGUGCAGCGAGGAGAUGCUGGGCACUACCGCUGCAUAGCCACCAACAUCGCCAGCCGGCGGCGAAGCAUCGAAGCCACUCUCACUGUAGCCCCAGCUCCUGGCCUCAUUCUUCCUCAGAGGCCACGCAUCAUCGCUGGGCCUCAGAACGUCUCUGUAUCGCUGCACCAGAGUGCCAUCCUGGAGUGCCUGGCCACAGGAAAUCCCCGACCCCUGAUCUCCUGGAGCCGCGCAGACAGCAAGUCUAUUGAUGUUUACAACACCAAAGUGUUGGGCAAUGGUAACCUCAUCAUCACAGACAUCAAGCCCCAACAUGGCGGAGUCUAUAUGUGCAGAGCCACCACUCCGGGCACACGCAAUUUUACUGUUGCUUCAGCUAACGUCACAGUGCUAGCACCUCCAUCCUUCGUGGAGUGGCCAGAGAGCUUGACCCGUCCGCGCGCUGGCACUGCUCGUUUUGUGUGCCAAGCCGAGGGAGCGCCAGCGCCUCAGAUUACGUGGUUCAAGAACGGAGAGAAAGUUCACUCCAACGGGCGCAUCAAGAUGUACCACAGCAAACUGGUCAUCAACCAGAUCAUCCUGGAAGACGAUGCCAUCUAUCAGUGCCAGGCAGAGAAUGAGCUGGGGUCGGUCCUGUCCAUGGCGAGGCUCAUCGUGGUGAUGUCAGAGGACCGACCGAGCGCGCCCAAAAAUAUCCAAGCUGACACCGUGUCCAGCUCCGCCAUCCUCUUGGCUUGGGACAGACCUCAGUACAACUCUGAUAAAGUUAUUGCAUAUUCUGUGCACUACAUGAAAGCAGAAGGAUUAAACAACGAGGAAUAUCAAGUAGUCAUCGGAAACGAUACGACUCGCUACAUUAUUGAUGAUCUGGAGCCGGCCCGUAACUACACCUUCUACGUGGUGGCCUACAUGCCCAUGGGAGCCAGUCGCAUGUCGGACCACGUGUUCCAGCACACGCUGGAGGACGUUCCUCUCCGGGCGCCGGAGAUCAGCCUGACCAGCCGCAGCCCCACAGACAUUCAGGUGUCAUGGCAACCUCUUCCAAUGAAGCUGAGUCGUGGGCGCGUUUCGAGCUACCGCCUGUCCUAUCGCACCAGUUCGGAGAGCGCAGCAUCGCAAAUAGAGCUGCCUGGAGAGAAGACCCAACAUCUCCUGGAGAACCUGCAGCCGGACACCAUCUACCUUCUGCGACUUGUUGCUGCCACCGGUGUAGGGUGGGGAGAGCAGUCCGCUUGGACGUCUCACCGCACUCCAAAGGCAUCGAGUGCUCAAGUUCCUCUUGCUCCUGAGCUGUACCUGGAGCCUCUGAACUGCACCACCAUUUCAGCACGCUGGCAUCUGACGCCCAGGAACUCGGCCAGCGUGCGCGGCUACAGGCUCUUCUACCACGAGGAAAGUCAGCCGGAAAGCGCUCCACUCCAGCUGCAGGCCUCCGCUCACAAACACACCAUUGGAGGCCUUGACCCAAGAAAGAAGUAUCAUGUCAAGCUCCUGGCUUACAACUCUGUUGGAGAUGGGUACCAAGCAGAUCAGACCAUCAGCACCCCUGGAUGUGUCUCUGUCCGAGAUCGCCUCGUGCCGCCUCCACCGCCUCCUCACAACGUCCAGGCCCGGACCAACAGCUCCUCGGCCGUGUUUCUGUUCUGGGGCCGACCGGCCUUCACCUCCAGCCAUGCGCUGAACUACACCGUCCGCUGCAACCCAGUCGGUCUGCAGAACGCUUCCCUGGUCCUCUACCUGCAAACAGGUGAACAGAGCCUUCUUGUGCGUGAUCUCGAGCCAAACACUAAGUAUGAAUUUGCUGUACGCCUUCAUAUCGACCAGCUCUCCAGCCCCUGGAGCCCUGUGGUCUAUCAAAACACUUUCCCUGAAGCUCCAACAUUACCCCCUUCCAACAUCAAAGUGACGCUGAUUGAAGAAGACACCGCCCUCGUUUCGUGGAAACUCCCAGAUGAGCCAAAUGUAGCCGUAACGCACUACACUAUACUGUACGCCUCACAAAAUGCCUGGAUUGCUGGUAAAUGGCAAGUCCUGCAAAGAGAAGGAAGCAUCACCAUGGCGCUGCUGGAGAACCUGAGUCCAGGCCAGGUUUACUUGGUAAAAGUUUCAGCAUCCAACAACAUGGGCGACGGCCCGUUUUCUAACGUGGUGGAGCUGACAGUAAGAGCAGACCCCUCCUCUGGUCAUGAUGCCGGACUUUCCCGUGGCUCCACUCUCUCCACAGGUUUUUCUGAUGGCUUCUACCACCUGGACCAAAAGUCAAUGACGGGGAUCAGUGUGGGCGUCUGCAUCGCUCUCACCUGCAUCAUCAUCUGCGCUUUCAUCAUAGUCUGCAGAGGCAAAAACAGGAAACUAUCAGCUGUGAAAACUUACGGAGACGGGGAAAGCAUGUCUGCUGCGUCUGCAAUACAUGUAGGACCGGAGGGAGAAGUGCAGAUGGCCGAAGUGACCGUACCGAUGAUGAGUCGAGGUCAUUUCAUUGAUGCAAAGGGUGGAACCAGCCUGAUCAUAAAUUCUAACGGCCCUGUUCAGCCCAGCCCAGAUUUAAAGAAGAAGAAGAAAUGGUCUUUCUUUAGUGCAGUGAAACAGGACAGGAAAAUUGUGCAGAACGAGAGAAACGGCUCACUUUCUUACCUGCCUGGUGCCACCGUGUUGACCUACGAAGAGGAGCUUUCUCCAAACAACUCUGCCGCUCUUCAGCACCUGCUGGGUCAUCCCGGUGACGCAGAAGGCUCAUCCAACAGCGAGGGCAGCCACGAAACGGGCGACUCAGGGCGCUUCUCUCAUGACGACACGGAGCUGACCAACUCUGGUCCCAACAGCCGCCCGCCGUCUCUGACGGAGGAGGAUGGAGGAGACUUUGACCGUGGCGGGGAGCUGCUGGAGAAGAGUCCCGCUGGCCUCAAGCUGAAGGAGUCUGUCCAAGCCAGCUGCAGUCAUCAGGAAGUCCAGAGAAGUUCUCAAAGUGAACUCAGUGUGUAGCUGCUUCUGCGAGUUGGGGUGUAGGUGUGUGUGUGUGUGUGUGUGUGUGUUUCAGGAAGAAAGGGAGUGUAAUUCAAUCAGGCAUCAUACAGCAGGUGAAAAGUAGGUUUGCAUGUUUAUGCCACAUCUGGAUUAUUUGGUGAUUAUAAACUAAGAGUGCAGAUAAUUAGUUCACACAAAGGUAACAAAAUCAACCUACUACCUGACUACAUAGUAAUUAAUCAAGAUUAAUAUAUAUAAUUAUAUAUAUAUAUAAAUAUAUAGUAAAAGAAACAUGAUCAAUAUCAAUAGAAAAGAUUUCCGAUAGAAUGAUUAAUAAUUUUACUGAACUCCGACAGGUUUCCUCUGAGAUGUAGAAAGACGAAAGGCUUUAACCGCUCAACCUCUCACAGCUAGCGAACCAAGGUUGGCAGAAUCAACUCACUCACUCUUUGGUUACCUAGCAACAACCUGUUAAGUAACUUGAGUAGCAGCAGUUCAAAUUUUCUUCCCAUUGUGCCUCAUAACUGCUUAAAAAUUCAAAAUAAAAACAGUGUGGAGUGAAAUGAGAAAAUCCUUGCAAUAGCACAAGAGGAAACUGGAUAAAACAGGAAAGGCCAUGUCACCAGUUUGGCAGUAUUUCAGAUAUUUAAAACAAAGACCCUUUGCAACUAGUCACUUCAUUAUUUGCAGCGCCAUGAUGGACGUAGGAAAUGAGGCCUGUUUUCCCAAGUUGUUUUUGCCAGUUUAAUCAUGGCGUCUUCUUGUUCGAGUCAGGCUAAUUUGUUUUUGAGCGUAACGCACCUGGUUGGGGCUCACAGAUGGCGGUAUUUACAUAAGUUUGAAACAGCUAGCUUAAAAAAACCAACCCGUACUUAAUCCCUCCUGACGUAUUGAUCGAAUUAACGACUUUGCCUGAAUUCAAACCACAUGAUUGUAUCACUAUGUCAUUAACAGCGUUCUUCUUACACAGGAGCAAACUUAAAAACGUACUAAAGACGAGAUGCUAACCUUUUCUUUUUUCUUUUUUUUUGGUAAGCUAGGCUACGUGGCAGUGGGGCAUUGUUCCAUGGUUACUGAUGGUUAGAUGCGAUACUUAAUAUCUUUCUAAUCAUACUUACUUAUUAACGUAUAUGAACAUUAGUCUUCUUACCUUGUAAAAAGUGUUCGCUGCAAAUCAGUGAUUACAUCGAGGGCUGACGGUCAAUAUGAUUGACCGCUGCUAUCAAUCCCCGCUGCAUCUUUCCUCAUUAAAAGUUAUACAAUAAAACGACAAGUUUGGUUUUCACGCUUAUCUGUUUGUGCAGCCGACCGCGCAGCACCAUGUGACCAUUUUUACUGCGAAAUCAACUAAAUAAAGGCAAUAUUAGGCUAGCACAUGUGUUUUUGACAGGUUUUACAGGAGCACAUUGGUUGUUUUGACGUCCGUCAUGGCGGAGUGGGCGGCGUUUCGAAAAGAGUGACGUCACGUGCCGAGGGCCAAUAUUUGAUCCGAAAUGCUUGAAUAUCUUCCAACAUAGCAAAAGUACACAUCCAGAAACUAAAUCAACAAAUAAUUUUUGGCUUUACAGGUAGAUUUUGUUACCUUUGCAUUGUUCUAGAACCAAUUAAUCAAACACUGACUUAAAAAGGAUGCUGAAAUUAUCACAAGGUUUGAAUGUGUGUGAGUUAAGUUUGAGAAAACAUAGUAAAGAAGCACAGAGAGGCAUUGUAUCAAUUUGUUGCUUCUUCCUACGAAUAGGAACCAACAAAGACAGUAUGAAAGUAAUUUUGUUCAACUUUUUCUGUCUGUGAAUGUCUUUUUUUUUUUUUUUUUUUUACUUUCUUUUCAUUUUUUUGUAUAUUUUGGAACAAAAAUCUCACCCACCAUGAAUGUUAAAAGAUUGUCUGAAAUGUCAAAAAAAGGCAUUUCUGAGAUUAUUUAUGAGAGUUUAUCACUGGAGCAGAAGGGAAAUGUGAAUCCCUUUUGCGGAUUAUCUACCUCGGUUACCCUCAGGGCAAACCUUUCACUAAAUAUUUAAUAACUACUUUUGUUGCAUGGUGAGCUGUUUCAGCUGCAUCACUUGCUAUACUUCCUGAUGACCGUUUCCUCCGUUUGUCAUCCCUUUUAUUUUGCGUUGUUUGAUUUGGCGGAUGGUAAGGGCGCUGUAGCUUCCUCCUCUCGCUCCACCUGCUGUGUGGAAUGAAGGCUUUAAACUUUAAACACUCACUUUGUUAUUUAACCCCUCAGAUGUUGCUGAGGUACUGAGCCAGUAUUAAUAAUAUUUGUGUUAAUUUUUUUUUGUCCAUUAUUGAGUAAUGGUAUGAGAGAAAUGAUGAAUGUCAGCUUUUGUUCUGUAUGUCGGUGCAGUUGCCCUUGCUACUCGCGUUUUAUGCUACCUCGUUUUAAUUGUUUUUAUUGUCGUUCUCUCUUCUUAAACUCAGGGAACAAGGUUUAGUACGUUUGAAAAGCCAUGUGGUAUUACAUGGCGAACUGACAGGGUAUCUUCUCAGUACUAACCUGUUUAAUGUUUUAUUACCUUCAGACAAAAAGCUGAAAAUGUAUUGAAUGUACCUCUGACGUUGUGAGCACGCCGUUCAGACGUUGGAUAGAUCCCCCUCCCCUUUUGCAGUGUCUGUUUUUACAAGGAUCAGUGUUCACUUGAUUUGUGUAAACAUUCACACCAGAAGUGCUUGCAGUGGCAUAUCUGAACAGAAAAGCUUUAUAAUUGGCCUUAAUGUGGGCGGCGUCCCCGGUCUGGGUGAGGGAGCCGUUUCACGUGAGGAUGCGACACAUGAAGAAUGAUUGUAGUGAAAGCGGUGGAAAGUGUUUAAUCAGAGAUUGAAGUGAAGAAUGAACACCAUAAAAUGUUUUACCUCUAAAGAAUCUAUUUUUCUUAGAAGAUGAUGUACUUCAGAGGAGUACACCUUGUAGUUACUUUGUAGUUUGUUUUUUCUCUGCUAGCGUAGGUGAAGAUUAGCACUUGUCUGCCACGUAGUUUAUGUUAAAGGUGAAUAUGCAGCGGUGACCGUGACGCUAAUAUCCAAAGAGUUGUUUGCUGAUUUAUUUGAGUUUAUUUUGGCCUCUCGGCUGAUCUUUGGAGGACAGAGAAAUAAUCAAAGGAGACCAAAGUGGCUUCAGGGAUCAGUUGAGGCAUUGCUCCUCAAACAAAGCCUUGCACAUUAGUGGCCUUGACCCGCGACGAAGAGUCCUGGAGGUUGUGGGUUGAAACUCUGAGGAAGUGUCCAGCUUCAUGGAGUGACUUCUAAUAAUCAAGAUUAUGCACGCUGACCAAAUUUUCCUUCUGCAGAGUUCCUCAUAAGCUAUUGCAAACAGAUGUAGGUGAUAUUAAGAGAUAAAUAUGUUAUAUUAUGUUGAUUAGUGGUCUGUGUUGCAGCAGUGCAGGUGCAUGUAGAUGUGCACCCACUAAUUGUCUCCUCUACAGAAUAAUUUAGAGAAUACUUUAUUAUAAAAAAAGAACAAAUGUGUCAUUAUAUUUAGAUUUAUUGUCUAUAUUUUGAUAAUGCAUCUUUUUUAAAAGUCACAAAAUGUAAUUGGAUUUUUGUUUGUAGACGUAGUGGGUGCACAAACGUUGCCAUGCUUCUGUGUCGUUAAUCAGAGGACUCUGCAGAGGAUUCAAUCAUGUGAGAUGAUAAGUGACACAAUCAGUUUCAAUUUCUUUUGAAAGGCAAACAAUAUGAACCAAAGAUUUAUUUUCUAAUCCUCACCGCUGCACAUUGGCCCAAAUUCAGUUUAUAAACAUCCUAUCUUUGUGUCAAAUGAUAUUAUCAGUGUUUUGAUGCACAGUUUAUAUCUUUGUUUUUUUUUUCUAUGAGAGCAACCUGGAAACUGGAUUUAUUUCCACCUAAAUAAUGUUUUGUUAGUUUUAAAUCAGGAUAAGGUGCUGUUGUUCUUCCACUAAGAUAAAACAAUGACUGUUUAAUUUCAGUGUCUUUGUAUUUCAUGUAUUUGUGACUUAAAGACCCAAUCUAGAAUAUGACAACUUUUUUCUUUUUUUAACCUUACAGCUUUGUAAGGAAGUGAUGUGCAGUGAUAAAGAUUGCAUCCUGCUUUUUAAAAACAAGGCUGAAAUAAGUCCAGUUGUCAUAAAACCUGGUUCAUAGUUGGAUCUUUAAAUCUCAUGCAGGUGAACAAGGGCUACCUCAUUUGUUUGUUCGAUCUUUUUUUUGUUUCAGUGCAGAAGGUUUGCUGCUCUUUCUCGUUAAAGGUGUUGGAAUGAUGUUCCUGUCCGAUUAUGUGAAUUUGAAGGAAUAAAGCACAGAGUGGACGUGACGCGCUCUCUGUUUUCUCCCUUCUCUGAGCCGUGGAGCACUGUGGGUCAUUUACAGUCUGACUCAGGGGGAUCCACAGCCGCUUCCCCUCAAAUAAAAAAAAAACCCACAGGUCUCAAGCUUUGAAAUUGAAUGUACCUUUUUGUAAUUAGUAUGUUAUUUGAUAUUUUCUGUUAUUCUCAUGUUAUGUAUUUGUCAUAAAAUUACAAGAUGUUUUUUUUCCAAAUUGUUUAGAAAGAAGAUUUUAGACAAUUGCCUUAUGAAAAAGUCUGAUUCUCAGUUUAAAUAAAAUUACAAAAAUC